AUGGUUCUCAAAGCCAAUGGUGCAAAAUAUAGGUACAAUAAGGAACUGUACAGUGCUCUAAUGAGAGAAGAGGGGGACGAGGUGAUACGACUUUGCCAACAAAAUCCAGAUGGUCCAUUGUACAUACUAACCUUACACCAAGACACCGUCCUUCAUAUGGCCAUCCACUCCAGACAAACAAAUUUGGUGCUCAGUUUACUCAAAGACUUGCCCGAACAUCAAUUUCCCAAACUGAUGCAUACCAAUGACUUGGGAAACACCGUACUCCACGAGGCAGCCACUGCGGACAGCAUAGUCCCGGCGGCCAAGGAAAUACUGAUCAAAGCACCAAAAUUGCUAAGUAAGUGCAACCGGCAAGGAGAGAUGCCUCUAUUUCGUGCUGCCCGUUAUGGGCAAAAAAGAAUGUUUGAGUUUCUUGAUGAUGAAAUCAACAAAAGCAUUCAAAAUGAAGCAGAUCUUAAGGUCUUUCAUUAUAGGAAGGAUACCGCCACUAUACUUCAUUUGGCUGUCCAAACCGAGCACUUUGAUAUAGCCCUCUUGAUUGCAAGAAAGUAUGAAUACUUGCUUAAUGAAAAAGACGAUGAUGGAAUGACUGCUCUUCAACUUCUUGCAAUCAAUCCAUCGGCAUUCGAAAAAGGGAGAACACAAGGAUCUCUCCAGCAAUUCUUUUACUCUUGUAUCUCAAGUCUAACAACUACUACGACAAAUGGAGCUCGAACAUGUACAAUUCCCAUGUGGGAAUCAAUCCAAAUGCAGAAACGCAACUAUGAGUCAGCAGUGAAACUUGCCAAGCUUUUGAUAGAGAGAGACACCUCAUGGGAGGAUACUGAAAUUGCAUUAAACCCAAGUAAGCCAAAGACCCACAAAUAUACCUCCAAGACUUCCCAAGGCCAAGGGGUAGAGGUGACGUCACAGAAAGCAGCAUCAAGCAAUCUAAAAUCCGCUGCGAGAAUUGCAUUGUUUUUGGCAGCAAAGUCAGGCAUUAUGGAGAUUGUUGAAGAAAUACUUAUGUCAUAUCCUCAGGCAAUAGACAGUAUGGUUCUCAAAGCCAAUGGUGCAAAAUAUAGGUACAAUAAGGAACUGUACAGUGCUCUAAUGAGAGAAGAGGGGGACGAGGUGAUACGACUUUGCCAACAAAAUCCAGAUGGUCCAUUGUACAUACUAACCUUACACCAAGACACCGUCCUUCAUAUGGCCAUCCACUCCAGACAAACAAAUUUGGUGCUCAGUUUACUCAAAGACUUGCCCGAACAUCAAUUUCCCAAACUGAUGCAUACCAAUGACUUGGGAAACACCGUACUCCACGAGGCAGCCACUGCGGACAGCAUAGUCCCGGCGGCCAAGGAAAUACUGAUCAAAGCACCAAAAUUGCUAAGUAAGUGCAACCGGCAAGGAGAGAUGCCUCUAUUUCGUGCUGCCCGUUAUGGGAAAAAAAGAAUGUUUGAGUUUCUUGAUGAUGAAAUCAACAAAAGCAUUCAAAAUGAAGCAGAUCUUAAGGUCUUUCAUUAUAGGAAGGAUACCGCCACUAUACUUCAUUUGGCUGUCCAAACCGAGCACUUUGAUAUAGCCCUCUUGAUUGCAAGAAAGUAUGAAUACUUGCUUAAUGAAAAAGACGAUGAUGGAAUGACUGCUCUUCAACUUCUUGCAAUCAAUCCAUCGGCAUUCGACAAAGGGAGAACACAAGGAUCUCUCCAGCAAUUCUUUUACUCUUGUAUCUCAAGUCUAACAACUACUACGACAAAUGGAGCUCGAACAUGUACAAUUCCCAUGUGGGAAUCAAUCCAAAUGCAGAAACGCAACUAUGAGUCAGCAGUGAAACUUGCCAAGCUUUUGAUAGAGAGAGACACCUCAUGGGAGGAUACUGAAAUUGCAUUAAACCCAAGUAAGCCAAAGACCCACAAAUAUACCUCCAAGACUUCCCAAGGCCAAGGGGUAGAGGUGACGUCACAGAAAGCAGCAUCAAGCAAUCUAAAAUCCGCUGCGAGAAUUGCAUUGUUUUUGGCAGCAAAGUCAGGCAUUAUGGAGAUUGUUGAAGAAAUACUUAUGUCAUAUCCUCAGGCAAUAGAGAAAGUGGGGAAGGCCUUCCCUCGAUGUGCAAGUAUUUCUCCAAAAUCAUCAACCACCCCUGGAGUCAAGUUUCAGAAAUCCCAAGCCGCGAUUCCUUCCAAGCCCUCUCAAGCUCAAGGCAGUAGUUCCACAAGCCACUUUCAGCUUGAGAUUGAGUAG